ACACACAUGAACACACGCAGUGGUGUCUCACUUGUGCAGCCAUGAAGGUCCUGAGCGUCCAGAGCGUCCUGGCGCUGAUUAUAACCACAGGCCUCGGCUCAGGGGACGACGGCUGGUCCAUGAACGUUCAGCCAGAGGUCAGAGCCAUGGAGGGGUACCCGGUGGUCCUCCCGUGCACCUUCAGCCACCCGCAGCACUCGCAGCACUCCUCCCUGCAGGUCAUGUGGCGUCUGGGUCACGGCCAGGACGCCACCCUCCUGUACCGCUGCACCAGCCGCCCGGGGACGUCCGCUUGUGAGCCAGGCCCACAGCAGGACCAGCGCUACCGGCUGGAGGGGAACCCCCGAGAGCAUGACCUCUCCCUGCGCAUCACCAGCACCAGCCUGCAGGACAACGGCCGCUACUACUGCCGGGUGGAGGUGCAGGGGCGGGACCAUGUCAGCUUUGAGGACAAGAUGGGCACGAGGCUGAGAGUGGAAGCUCCUCCAAAGAUUCUGGCCUUGACGGUGGAGGGCAGUCAGCUGAGCGGGUACAGAGCCUUGUGUCGGGUCCAGGGUUCCCCGCUGCCGGACGUCCAGUGGCUUGGCCCGGAUGACUUGCUGGAAGGCUCUCCGGUGGUCCCUGUGGCCCAGGGCUCCUCAGCCCACUACCACACGGUCAGCCAGCUCAGAGACGUGGACCCGGGUCAACAGUAUACCUGCAGUGCCUCCAACCCGCUGGGCAAAGAGCAGGCCAUGCUGUACGUGCUGGCCCCUCAGGCCCCACACACCACGCCGGGGCUCUCAGCUGCGCUCUUGUUGAUGGUGUCCCUUUGUCUGGGGUCCAAGCUCCUUCUUCUGAUUGGGAUGGGUGUUCUGAUGCUGCAGGCUGGAGCACUGAAGGCAGCCUGGUGCUUCAGGAAGUGAUCUACCAACACCACACUGCCACCUACUGUCCGAAUCAGCUUGGGAAUUUGAGAUAUCAAUGAGACUGCAAAUGCCAAAAAGGUUCAUCUUCUUAUGUUGCUAAAAUGAAUGGAGGGCAGUAACAUUGGUGCAGGCCAGUGAGCUGCUUGGCAGAAGUCUGAAAGUUCGUUUCUUGAUGGCGAUGUUUGCUCACAGGUGACCCAGCAUGAGGUGAGAGUUGUGACACACCCCUGGUGUAGAAAUCACAUCUGUAAAUAAAAA